UUGUGCAYACACCCGUUUUCGUCGCUCCGUACAUCGUGCAUUCGCCGUCGCCGUUGACAAAGCGAUUUUCAAGUGUUCUUCCUACCGCCUUCGUUUGCUUGUAGGAUCAUUGUAUUUGUGUACUUAGCGAUUAAGUAGUUGCGAAGAAAACCAUCGCACGAGCAGUCGAACGUGUCUUAAAGUGUGAACUCAGGGAUAGCGAGAUAUUGUUAAACGCAAUCAAAUAAAAGAACACAUAGUGACACGACAUUUGCCCAAACCGCAGUAAAAAUUACAGCAAAACCAAGAAAUAUUCGCGAAUUAAAGUGAAAAAUAUAAUAAUUCCUUAAAACUUAAAAAUUUUUGUUCAAAAAUGUGCUGAUAUUCUCAGAAACAAGUGCGUUCCGCCAGUGUUCAUCACCGUUGGUAUUUGAAACACUAACGAAUAUUAUUGUAUCACAAAAGAAAACUUCUGAUCCGGCAGCCGCUUUGGGCGCUACGCUAUCAAAAUUAAUUUUUCUCACACAUCAUACGCCCAGGCUGCCAAAAUGCUAGUUGGCUCCCAUCCAUAUCUCUGCAACGGCGUUUUGCCGCCAACAGUACCGAACGCGGCUGCUGCUGCUGCCGCYGCCGCUGCGGCUGCCGCGGCCGUGGCCAAUUCGAAUGCCAACAGUCCAAACCAGACUCAAACCACGGCGGCCAGUAAAAAUGCCGCCGGUUCAGCGACCGACUUCUCAAUAGCCGCGAUAAUGGCUAGAGAAGAUGCCUCCAGCCGGGAGUCGUCCGUGCGCAGUGCAAGUCCCAUCUCCGUSGAGGAUGAGGUGGACGUGGAUGUGGUCGAUUGCAGCGACUCGGAGGAGGCACCACCGGCGAAAGUGCGCCGCCUGCAUCACAGUAAUAGCCACAGCAAUAACAACAACAGCAACAGCCACAACCAUAAUAACAGCAGCUCRUCCCAAAAUCAUCUAAACAGCAGCACAACCAGCAGCCAGGGCCGCUCCACACCGCCACAAUCGCCCGGCUCCGACACGGAGGAGCGCCUGACCCCCGAACCUGUACAGAAGACACCAAAAAUCGUCGGCUCCUGCAACUGUGAUGAACUGAAGCCAGUGCAGUGCCAUUUGGAAACCAAGGAGCUGUGGGAUCGCUUUCAUGAGCUGGGCACCGAGAUGAUUAUCACCAAAACCGGCAGGCGUAUGUUCCCCACCGUACGYGUCAGCUUCUCUGGUCCGCUGCGACAGAUUCAGCCUGCCGACCGUUACGCCGUGCUACUCGAUAUCAUACCAAUGGACUCGAAGCGUUAUCGCUAUGCGUACCAUCGCUCGGCUUGGCUAGUCGCCGGCAAGGCUGAUCCCGCACCGCCAGCGCGUCUCUAUGCGCAUCCGGAUAGUCCAUUCAGCUGCGAGGCGCUGCGCAAACAGGUUAUCUCCUUCGAGAAGGUGAAACUAACUAAUAAUGAAAUGGAUAAGAAUGGACAGAUUGUUUUGAACUCAAUGCACCGCUAUCAACCGCGCAUUCACUUGGUGCGUCUCAGCCAUGGCCAAAGCAUUCCAACAAACCCGAAGGAAUUGCAGGAACUCGACCACAAAACCUACGUUUUUCCCGAGACCGUCUUCACGGCAGUCACCGCAUACCAAAACCAACUCAUCACCAAACUGAAAAUCGACUCGAAUCCCUUCGCAAAAGGUUUCCGCGAUUCGUCACGCCUCACCGACUUCGAUCGUGAUCCCAUGGAAGCUUUGUUGCUAGAACAGCAACUGCGCUCACCGCUGCGUCUCUUCCCCGAUCCGCUGAUGCAACAAUUUGCCGCACAGCAAGGCGUCGAUCCCACCUCGAUGGCGAUUUUCGAAAAGGCCCGUCAGCAUCUGCAAAUGUUCGGCGGCAACUCGCCGUACGCACAGCUGAUGAUGCCACAAAUGUAUGCACAGCAGGCGCCACCACCACCCGGUCUCGGCGCAUUCCAUAUGUUCCAACAACAAUGGCCGCAACUGACAGCGGGCUUCCUAGCCAGUGCCAACCAACAAGCGGCCGCCGCCCAAGCUGCCGCCGUUCAGGCGCAAGCACAAGCGCAGGCCCAAGCACAGGCGGCCGCUGCAGCUGCGGCAGCCAACCGCACCCCACCACCACCGCCGACGGCAUCCACACCGUCGUCAACCUCGUCGGGCGGUUCACCUUCGCCCGAUAUGCGACCGCGCCAGUUCCAACGCUUCAGCCCCUAUCAAGUGCCCCAACAACAACAACAGGCGAUGUCUAUGCCACCGCAAACACGCAGUCCACACAAUUAAAGUGUUGAGCGAAGUUCAAUUUUCGUUGUUGUUAUUGUCAUUAGUGUGCCGAAAUCAGUAUUAUGGGGAAAUCAACAGCUCAAGCUCAAGCUGAGGAGCUCAUUAGCUAGUGAAGUGGAUCGUUAAAUUAUUGUAUUGUAAUUUAUUAUUAUCAUUGUUUAAGUAGUUAAUUAGAAUUGAAAAAUUCGCUUUUUGUUGCUUUGUGCGGGUGUCAUCGAGUGCUCUUGACCACGGUUGCAUUGUGGGGAUCGGGUACGCAUGGUAUGAGUCAGCUUCGUUUGCUCGGCUUUUGAAARUUUUACUUUUUAAAUCAUAUCGAGUCUUGUGUAAAUGUUUUAUGAAGGCAUUACGACGAACAUGUGGCGACCACCCUGCAGUCGGACGUGAUACCUUGUAAAUUAUAAUUUCCUUCUAUUGCCUAAGCUAUUUGUAAGUUUCUGCGGAAUAUGUUGUUCGUUCAUAAACGUAUCUCAGUGUGUUUAGAAAUGUGGGUGUGCCGCGUCCACGCUUUCCAAUAAGUUAUCAUCAAACAAAUAUUAAAGAAAAUGUGUGUAUAAUUGCUUUACAGCUGCUUAACGGUAUUGUAACUACUACAAGUAUAGAGGUAUUGAGUAAUAAUAUUUAAGUAAAUUAAAUUUAGUUGCUUAAAUGACAAAUACAACAAAAGCAAAGUGUUUAUGUGUAAAUUAUGUAAGCUUCUAAGUAAAUAAAAAUAAAUAUAAAGUAAUUCCGUAUAGAAAAAAUGCAAAAACAACAUAAAUGUGGAUCCAAGCCCAUUCAAAACCAAAUCAA